UAUUGUAGUUGAUGUGAUCGUGACGCGCAACGCGCUUAAAGCGGACGGAGAUGACGGCAACUUGCUCUCUUUUAUUUCUGUCUUUUGUUGUGUUUAGGACAGUUUUUGCUCAAGGGGAUAUUGUGUGGACACCAUCAGAAUGUCGUAGGAUGAUGGAGUCGUGCGAGCUACUUUCCGGUCUUCCAGGACCCCCCGGAUCAAUUGGACUCAAAGGUUUUAAAGGGACCCGGGGACCAAGUGGUCCACUUGGCGACAGAGGGUUUCCGGGAGAGCCCGGUGAUUCCCCACAGGGAGGUGGUGGAUUUCCCGUGAAAGGAGCAAAAGGGGACCUUGGAGAAGAAGGAGCAAAAGGAGCAAACGGCUUGAAGGGGGAACCAGGGAUACCCGGAGCGUCAGGGACGCUGGGAUCAUGGGGAUCUCCGGGAAUAUCGGGAGACAGAGGAGCAGUUGGCGAGACUGGACCCCGCGGGAUCAAUGGAGACCCUGGAGUGAGCGAGCUGAACUGGAAACAAUGUGUGUUCAAACCAGAUAUCAAUACAACACGAGGAGAAUUGUCUUUCUGCUCGUUUUUAAAAAUGCGCAGCGAUACUUCACUUCAUGUCACUUACCAGGGUGAGACACAUAUCGGUCUGUGCAAGACCUGUUGCAAGACUUGGCACUUCACCUUUGACAACUUGACGUGUACCGACCCUGGAAACAUCAACGCUGUGUUCAGCGCCUUAAACUUACUUACUGGUGGUGAAAGAAGUUCUCUUCCAACGUUUAUGCACGGAACGAUCUCCGGGUAUUGCAACUCAGUCCCUAGGGGCUUGGUUCGCGUAGGGAUCUCACUGGAUGAUUGCCCCGGAUAUCCCAGAGACCAGGAGAAUAUAUCCACCAUUAUGCAGCCUAACAGUCGGCUGAUCAUUCAGGAAGUUCCCGCCCCACAAUUUGCGAUGGCAAGAAUUCUGGAGUUGAUCAUUUUCUUAUCCGUUUGUCAAGCAGUUCAUACUCAAAGCAAAAUUCGUUGGGGAAAAUUACUGUGUGACCAGGUAGAGACUAAAUGCAAGAAAGACUUCAUCGGAUCUCCCGGACCCCGUGGGCCCAUCGGAAUUCCGGGACCAACAGGGCCAUCUGGGAGGAAAGGAAUAAGGGGCCAAAAAGGUGCUAAGGGAUCCAGUUAUAUCGUGGACCCCUUUCCACUUAUUGGGCCUAAAGGGAGGAAAGGCGAACCAGGCCUUCCUGGUAUACGAGGGCCCAAAGGAUUCCCUGGGAAUAAGGGAUUCAGAGGAACCCGGGGGGAACAGGGAGUCCGUGGACCUAAGGGGGACAAAGGGUCCCGCGGAUUUCCUGGCAUAGAAGGACCGAAAGGUCAGCCGGGAAGAUCUGGAUCAAUCUACAGCUGGAAGACUUGUACAUGGGACCAUGAUCCUCUGCAACAGUACGGGCUGCUCAAGGAAUGUGUCUUCACAAAACAAAGUAAUCUGAGUUUCUUGCACGUGAUCUUUGAAGGGAGCAUGCGCGUCGGCUUCUGCAAUUCUUGCUGCAAGCGGUGGUUCUUUGCAUUUAACGACCUCGAGUGUGAAAAUGCUAACAUAGAAGCCAGGCUACAAGGCACCAAGGAAUUCGCAGGAAUGGAAUAUCGUCACGUGAGACUCGAAGGUUACUGCGCAGUCCCCGCUGGGGAGGUGUUGGUGGAAUUAUGGGUGCAGGAUUGUUUUGGCCAUCAGAGAACAUCGAAAGUUCCGUUCGUAAAAGUUGAUUUGAGUCCUCGAGUUACUGUUGAAGAGAUUAGUUUGAGUGAUGUAUAAAAACAUUGUCUGAGGACUUUUUAACUGGAUUGUUGUAUCGUGGAAAGAUCAGUUCUCUCUUACUAUAUCAUAAAAGAGGAAAUAAAACUCUGUUGCAUCCUUUCA